CACCUAGUGACAACACACUAGUCACUCGGGUACCGCAGCACAGCCCAUUCUAAUUAUUACCGCUAGAUCCGGGCACUCACCAAGGACCACUUUCCUCUAAAUCUUGGAACUCGAGGAGACGACGCAAUCCGUCCCGACGGCCGAGUACAAUAAUAAAAGUCAGUUGAAGAUUAUAAUCUUAAUUGAUACCACUUGUCGCCUCGGGAUUCCCGCCAGUCCACUCAUUUAGUUUUUUUGUUUUUCGACGCUGAACUUGUACCUAUUCUCGAGAAGUAAUUGUUUCGCAAUAACACGAUACAUCGCGACACCUUCAAUCCGCACUUACCUAUUAGCCUCUAACUUUAGUUCCCGCGCGCGCACUAUAUAUCGAUUUCUUCGAGGUUAUGGACUCCGUCGGAAAAUAAAGAGUUUGCGCCGUGUUGGAAGACGAGAUUUUCGUUAAUAGGGAAACUUUAAAUUGGGUAUUGUCGAGACAGGGGCACGUUGGCCUUAACUCGGCCAUAGGUCAAAGCAGCUAUGAAAAUAGCAUUCCGCCAGGGCUGCGCUAAGCGCAGUCAUGCUCCGAUGCCAUGGCUCCUUGCCCUCACAUCGUUCGCGUCGCUAUCGGGAGCGAUCACCUUUAAUCAGAUACCUGAUGCGAAUCUCGAUACGGAUCAACUUGGAAGGGUUGGAAUCGCCGGUGACUUUAGCGGCAUUUCUCUUUACCAAUAUGAUAGGCAGUCCGAGCUGCCUUUCAGUUCUAAUGGAUCUGAACAGCUCUUGACGCGUCUUCCAAAUGGGGUGUUCGUCAAUCUCCUAGAGGCGGACGCAUCUAUCCAGACAAUGUGCAUGUUUCAAGGGCAGGUCAUCCUGGGUGGCAACUUCACAAGCUUAGGAGGUGUCCAAUCAUCAGGCAUCGCAUCUUUCGACCCGAAUACUUCCAAAGUCACUCCUCUGGCUAAUCUUUCGGGUCAAGUUAAUAGCUUGUUAUGCGAUGAUUCAGCUGGUAAGGUCUAUGUUGGUGGUAGCUUUAGGGCAGCAAACUCUACCAACGCGAUUACGUGGCUUGCGUCGAAAAGCUGGGCAAGUCUACCAUUUGCUGGCUUUAAUGGACCCGUCAACUCGAUUACGAAGGCACCUACUGGGCAUAUAAUCUUCGGAGGAAGUUUUACGGGCCUAGGAAACACGAGUGCGCCGAGUACGCCUGAUGGCCAGGUUAUAAAUCUUUCUACCGCGACUAUCGAAGCUGAUCAGAGCACAUCGGCCGCAGGUUUCAAUGACCCGAAGAACAUUGUUUGUAAAACCAAUGGGACUGACGGUUCUGGUAAUGCUUGGCUCUUGGAGGACAAUACACCAGGAACAUGGAGGGCAACGUUCAACUACGGGUUUGAACCUACUAAACUUCGUCUAUGGAAUACUCACCAGGAUGGUCGGGGAACUCGGACUUGGAGAUUUACUGCGCAGCCGCUGAACGGUAUCAUGAACUUCACCUACAUCGACCCGGUCACUAAGCAGAACUCUACGUGUACUAGCGAGUGCCCGCUUAGCGACGACUCUUCGGUUGAAUUCCAGGACUUCCACUUUGUAAACCGGCUUGGGAUGAACGCAUUUCGACUUGACAUCUCCGCCUGGUAUGGUAAUGGUGGAGGCCUGGCUGGGAUUGAACUAUUCCAGGACGAUAUUUUCGCCUUCGCGAUCAAUGAUUUUAACGAACCUAGCUGCGCCAAUACUUCAACGCCUUCAGAAGCGACUACAACAGGAACAUGGACAGUGACCCCGUCGGGACAAAGCUACGCUCAAUAUCUAUCAGCUCAGUUACCGAAACCAGUCGCCUCUGACGCUGCUUCUGUUGUGUUCUACCCCGAUAUCAGAGAAUCUGGAGAGUACAUCAUCAAGUUAUAUACGCCUGGAUGUCUUCAGGAUAACACUUGCGAGAGACGUGGUCAGGUUACGGUAUCAGGGACAUUGACGUCAACUGGUGCCAAUCAAACAAUGGACCCGAUAACUUUGUAUCAGACUAACGAGUACGACAAAUAUGACCAACUUCAUAUAGGUUCUGUUGAUGCUAGCUCGAGUUCCUUCAGGCCCAGUAUUACCUUGUCACCUGUACCUGGCCAAGCUGAGUCUAUUCCCGGCGAUGAUUUCGUGAUGGUAGCCCAAAGAGUUGGAUUCGAGCUUCUAAAUUCUACUGGUGGCUUAAACGGGCUGUUCGAAUACGAUCCCAGCCAGGCCACAGUUGAGACCUCUGAUUUUGCCAAUUCUGCUUUUAUCAAGCUCAGUUCUUCAUUCGAACCCAAAUCCGCGGUAACGUCGUUAGUCGCCAGCAAAGACCGAACUUAUAUCGGCGGUAAUUUUACUUCCGACAGCGAGCGUAACAUUGUUGCUAUCGACAAUGAUGGGAAGACUUUAACCCUUGACGGUGGCAUUAAUGGCGAAGUCUUGUCGAUGUACCUGGAUGGCAAUAGUCUAUUCGUUGGUGGUCGGUUCAACAAUACCCAGAAUGGUUCGACGCCGGGAUUGGCAAACGUUGCGAUUUACGACAGCUCAAGUAACCAAUGGACACCACUCGGAGCCGGCGUGGACGGAACGGUUACAAGUAUUGUACCAACAACUAUGAACCUCAGCGAGAGCGCAGCAGAAGACGUCAUCGCCUUAACUGGUGAAUUUACACACCUUCUAGCAUUCGACAAUAAUGACGUUGCUGAGGUGCAAGGCUUUGCAGUCUGGGUCAAAUCGCAAAAGAACUGGUUGCAGAACUUGGAUACUCCAGUUCCGUUUUUAAAUGGUGUUCUUACGACGGCGGUAGCAGUAUCAGAUAAUGAGACUAUAUAUGCUGGAUCGAUAUCUUCUCAGGUCCUCCGCGCAUAUGGUGCUACAACCGUAUCUAAUGGAUUUGGCAACUUCCCCAUCAAAAUUCACCCGCCAGCCAGCCAGUCUAGCACCCCUGCGGAUGGACUCUCGAAGCGCGCGAACCUAGAGAACGGUACUGAUACCGUUGCUGGCGUCGUCACAGGAGCAUUUUACGCAAGUGAUGGGAAGAACGUGACGGUACUUGGCGGGCACUUUAUUGCGAAUGCGUCUAAUGGUUCAACUAUUUAUAACCUAGCUUUCAUUGACGGUGCAGAUUCCAACUCCGUGACGGGGCUAGGCGCCGAAGUAUCCGAAAGCUCAGUAUUCUUAUCAUUGGCGAUCCAGGGCGACAAUCUAUAUGCUGGCGGACGAGUCAAUGGCACUGCUCAGGGGUCUGCUGUUAAUGGUCUCAUUUCGUACAAUCUUGCAUCCAAAUCGUUCAAUUCGCAGCCCCCUGCUCUCGCUGGCAACAAUGUAACUGUCUCUUCUGUCACUGUCCGCCCGGAGACUGGAGAUGUCUAUGUUGGUGGCUCUUUCGAGAGAGCCGGUUCGCUUCCUUGUCCUAGCGUCUGUCUUUUUAACACCGGAACUAGCCAGUGGAAUCGGCCUGGUUUUGAACUUGACGGCGAUGUCAACUGCAUGAUGUGGUCGAGCAAUUCAGUUCUGCUCGCGGGUGGUAACCUAACCCUCAAUGAUAGCGGGGCCUUUCUGGCCUCCUAUGACGUCUCAAGUUCUCAUUGGAGUGCAUACUCAGACGCCUCAGACCUACCAGGUCCUGUAAAUGCCUUAACUGCUGCGAGUAGUGAUUCAAAGCAGAUCUGGGUUGCCGGUACGCAGUCUGAUGGUUCUACCUAUCUGAUGAAGCACGAUGGCUCAUCUUGGAAAUCUGCUGGCGUCACGUUCGAUCAAGGGACCGUAAUCAGCAGCCUACAGAUGUUUACGGUGACUCAAUCUCACGAUUCAUCCGAUCUUGUCGCUUCCGAUCAAGUCCUCUUGAUGGCCGGCUCUAUUGCGAUACCGGGAUUUGGCACAGCAUCGAGCGUCAUCUUCAAUGGCACGACGGUUCGACCUUACGCACUUACCUCAAGUAUCGACGGCACGCCCGGGUCGAUAUCCCGAAUCUUCGUAGAGAAGAACAACUUCUUUACCUCCCAAAGUGAUAGUGGUAUGCCCCUCGUAUUUGUGGCUCUUAUUGGGCUAGCCAUAUCCUUAGGUCUCAUGGUACUCAUUGUACUGUCUGGUCUGGCAUUAGACCGAUACCGCAAGAAGCGCGAGGGUUACGUCCCAGCUCCUACAUCCAUGUUCGAUCGCGGUAGCGGUAUGCAGCGGAUACCACCGCAUGAGCUACUAAAUUCCUUAAGCCAAGGUAGACCGGGACCUCCUCAUGUUUAAGGAGUCCCGUCAACAAGGCUACUUUGAAUGCCAUGAGAUUGCGAUAAUUGAGCCUAGGACGAAGGCGUUUUCUCGGCACCC